CAAAGUCACUAAUGAGGGAAGUUAGCACAUCUCCCGAAAACUCUCUCUCUCUUUCUGAUAAUGACUGUUGUGUUGACUCGACAGGUAGGAGGGCAAACAGAAAAGCAAACAUUUGCUCUCCUUUUACCGUCCGAGCGUUUUGAGUGUGUGUGUGUGUGUGUGUGUGUGCGUGCGUCCCCUGUGCCCUCCUGUCCUCUGUGUAUGUGUCCAUCUCUGUGUCAUCAUCCUUCCCAGGAUUUCCCACCUACUGUUUCAGGAGAACUUCAAUCAGUCGUCCGUCCCUGUGCGGAGAGUAGGUCGAGUUUUUCUUCUCCAGGCUCGGCAGGAUCGACAGCAGGCCUCCACCUUCGGAAACUCGGAGCAGAGCCAGACAUCCAUCGAGGUCAGACAAUGAGGCGUGGAGUGGGCCUGUGUCUGCUGGGCCUGCUGUGCCUCCACAGCUGGGUCUUUGGGCAGGAGCCGGUGGGGGACCAGCCUUCCGCCCAUGUCUUCUGUGACGACCCAUCGGCGGAGAGGGCCGUCCACAGCGCUGUGCACAAGUUCAAUGAGAGGCUGAGCACCGGAUACAAGAUUGCCCUCUUUCAGAUACAAUCGGCCGUCAAGUCAGAGAACGGCUCGGGCUCGGUGUACUCACUGCACUUCACCGCCAGGAGGAGCGACUGUCCGGCCGGGAGCAGCAAACCCUGGACAGACUGUGACUAUCUGCCUUUUGGGCGCAAGAGGCCGAUUUCUUGCAACGCCACGGUCCACGUGACGGAGACAGAAACAGACACUAUGCAGGUGGAUUGUCUGCUCGAUGAUUAUAUCAUUCCAGAGAAGGCUUCCUGUUUGGGCUGCCCCGUGGAGAUUGACGAGAACUCAGAGGACCUUAAAGUUCCUCUGACCGUCUCCAUCUCCAAGUAUAACGCCAUCUCCGAAUCCAACCACCUGUUCACCCUGCACAGAGUUGGCCACGCCACCAGACAGGUGGUCGCCGGUUUCAGGUUCAAGCUGAGAUUUGAUAUGAAGAAAACCACCUGCACCAAGGCCGAACACAAGGACCUGAGCGAACUGUGUCCCUCCGAUGAACAGGACGUGGAGUUUACAAACUGCAACUCUACAGUGGAUGUAGCUCCGUGGAGACUUGAGCCCCCAGAGGCCCAGUUAGAGUGCGAAGCAGGUGCACUGCCUUCCACGUUGUUCCGGCGCCGUCCUCCCGGCUGGUCUCCGCUCAGGAACCUUCUGUAUAACGUCCUCCCCACCACCGUACGCCCAUUUCCACCCUCACAUUCCCCCUCCAAGGCUCCCGCCAAGGAAGAAUCGUCCGAGGAGGACACGGCAACCUCCAAGCCCUCCGCCUCCCCUGAUGUGGCCUCGGGCGCUGACAACCCCUUGCACUGCCCGUCCAAGCCCUGGAAGCCUUUCCACCCGGCCCUUCCGCCUAAAGCUCCUACGAUGGCUACCGUAGAGCUGUCAGCAGCUGAGGCCCUCAAAGAUACAGACCUGCUGGCAUAAAUCUUUCCACAUUUAUAUAUUCAAAAUAAUUUUCACACUGUCCCUCAAUCUUGACGGAUUUUGUGUUUUUCCUUUUUCUGUAGACUAGUCCCA